ACUGCAGCGCUCGCCGUGCCGCUGUCUCCCAGCAUGGCUCUGCUAGUGGCCUGCAGCCUCUUUCUGGCUCUGCUCUUCACUGCGUGGCUUUUCGGAGGUCGGCGCCGGCGUGCGGAGGAGGCCCCGCUCGUGCGCAACUGGGUCCCAUACCUGGGCUCGGCUCUGCGCUUCGGAGCCCAGCCGCUGGCGUUCCUGCGCGAGCAGCAGGCGCGGUACGGCGAGGUGUUCACGUGCCUCAUCGCGGGCUCCUACACCACCUUCAUCUGCGACCCCUUCUCCUACGGCACCCUCCUGCGCAACGAUCGCGCCUUGGACUUCGAGAAGUUUGGUCAGAAAAUCGCCAGGACUGUGUUCGGCAUCGUGGACUUCUUUGACCCUCGCUACAACGUCACGAUCGAGGAGAUCCACGACAUCUUCGGGAAGACUCUGACUGGAACCGAGCUGCAUUUGCUCACCGAGAGCAUGCUGGGAAACCUGCACAACUACCUCGUGGCAGGUCGUGCUGUGAGGGAUGCUGGCGCUCGCGGUGCCGGCGGCGCUGGCGGCGACGGCUGGCAGGAGGAGGGUCUGAACGAGUUCUGCAGGCGCACCAUGUUCCGAGCCAGCGUCGAGACCGUUUUCGGCCGAAAUAUGUUCGACGCCGAGUCCUUGCUCGCCGAGCUGCUCAAGAGUUUCAACGACUUCGACCGAGCCUUCCCCCUCCUGGUGGCCGGCGUGCCGCUGUGGACGAUGCCCGCGGCGAGGCGAGGGCGCGAGGCGCUGGAGACGGCGCUCGGGAAGGUGGCGCCCGGCACGAUGGUGGAACCGGCGGCUCUCAUCGUGCAGAGGGCGAAUCUGUUUGAGGGCUCGCCCCUGCUGGGGAAACUGGACAAGGCUCGCACGCACUUCAUCAUGAUGUGGGCCUCCCAAGCCAACUCUUUGCCGGCAACCUUCUGGACUCUCUUCUACUUGCUCCGGAGCACGCCCGCGCUGAAGGCAGUGCGCGCUCAGCUAGGGGAGCUGCUGGGCCACGAGGCUCGGGAGCACGGCAAGGCCUUCAUCAUCACGAGGGAGCAGCUCAACAAGAUGACCGUCCUCCACAGCAUAGUCAACGAAGCCCUGCGCCUUUCCAGCGCCUCCAUGAUCGUCCGCCAGACCAAGGAGGACGUGACGCUGAAACUGGACUCGGGGCGCAGUGUGCUCGUGCGCAAGGGUGACAUGGUGGCGGUCUACCCAAAGAUGAUGCACUUUGACCUGAGCAUCUACCCGGACCCCACGGAGUUCAAGUUUGACCGUUUCCUGGGCGAGAACCUCAAGGAGAAGACCACGUUCACCCAGAACGGUCGCCGGCUCUCCCCAUACCUCAUGCCGUUCGGCAUGGGGAAGAGCUUGUGUCCCGGACGGUUUUUCGCCAUAAACGAGAUUAAGCUGGUGGUCACCAUGCUGCUGUGGAACUACGACCUAGAGCUCUUGGACCCCGGGGUCGCACCUCCUCCCUUAAACAACGCUCGUGCCGGCUUGGGCAUCUUGCCCCCCAUGCACGACGUCAAGUUCCGCUACAGGUUCAAGGGCCAAGUCUUGCCCGGUCUGUAAAGCCUGCGGCCAGGGUACAGAAAAUCCCCCUAUCGUGUUGUCGUUUAGUCCAGGCAGAGCUAGGGUUGUGAUAACAUCCUAGAAUAGGACCGCGAGAUUGGGAAAUUGCUGGCAAUCUGCACGCAUUACAAAUCCUAAUGCAUUUUCGGAAGCGAUUUGCAUGAAUGAUUCAAUAAAAAAUACAUUAGAUCAUUAACAUAAUAUAUUCAAACAAAAGUAUUAAACAAGAACCCAAUACAGAGCACGAGCAACGUUGAAGGGGGAGUAGAGACGCCUUCGCGAACGACAAAACCUGGGGCCACGUGACCUCGGAGUAGGGACCGGGAAAGUUUGCUGGGCUCACUGCCCUACUCACAUAGGGGGCAACGAUCGGUAUUUUAUGGGUGGGGAAGGUUAGGGAAGCGGGGGGAGAGAAUGUACCCAAACAGAACCCGAAGUGAGUUUGUCAUUAACAUAGGAUUGAAGCUUUCGUGACUGCUGAAAUUACUGUACUCAUUGGUUUUUUCGGUGAAGUCACGUAUGUAGAAAUAAAAUAAAAUGUAACUAAAUAAAAUUAAAGCAUCUUUCCCUGUGUGUUCUUCUCUGUAUGUAUCUCUGCUACCUUGUACCUCGCAUAUGUUCACUCUGUCUGCGUUGGUAUGUUCAGCCCAGAAGUUGAACACGAAAUUUAGCAGUCUUUUGAAAUACGUGGUAGUUUCUGACUGUGUUGUUGGCCGACUGGUUUUGCAUCACAUUGUGUUUCUAAGGUUUGUUGAGUUCUCGUCUCCCAUCUUGUUGUUGUUUGCCUCCGUGCAGUUUACCGUUCUCUGUGUUUGGUGUCUCCGUGUGUUCCCUUGGUGUGUUUUACCCCAUUUCCACCUGAUGAUGAUCACUUGUGUUGUGUUCGAAACGUCGUAAUUUAUUUUAAUUUAAUUACAUUUUAUUUCUUGUCAUUAUUGUUAAUCCCCGGGAGCAGUGGCCACCUCAUGCCUCUCCAAGGGGUAAUAUGUCAGGAGUCCCCCCCCCCCGGCCCUCAAUUUCAUGCGCAUUCCCGCAGGGUUUAGAUGUUCUUUUUAAAUUUUAAUCAUUUUUCUUAUUUUACCAGGGAAGGUCCGCUGAGCUAUGUUGCUCUUUUUCAGAAGUGACCUGGCUUUCACAAAUGAUAGCCCAAUGAAGUGGCUGAUCAUGUGGAAAUGAAUAGCAGCCAAAUACUCUAAACGCAUGAUGUUGAUUCUAAAUGUGUUAGGAAAACCCGGAGGAUCCGGAGAAAAAUCCACGUGACCACGGGGAGAGAGGACACGCAAACUCCAAAUAUAUAGGUGUAUAUACACUUCACGUAGCCUCAAAGUGCAUCUAAACUGGCACAAGCGCCGGGGUUGAUGUCACUGCCAUUUAGUGGUGAACGAUGGUUGUUAUAUUGUGUGGAUGAAUGCGUCAAGUGUGGAAAUUGACGUCUCAAAUCUGAAUCUCUUCUGCGAAUAAGCCGCAAACGUCAACCUGCGAUUUCGAAUAAACCGCUUGAAUAAA